ACUACCUGCCAGGAGACAGAGACAGCAGAAAAACACAUCCACACAUAAUGUCAAGUAUAUCAGGCAAUGAUAGAACACUGGCAGACAGACACAGAGAAGAAGGGAAAAACAAGAACUGAAGCCCUCCCAGAAGGGUUUGACCAACUGACCUGGAAGUGGCCAACAGCCCUGACCUCCAACACAGCCACCCACCACUCUGGCUGAUUGGAAGAUGUUUCCCUUCAAGGUGAGCAAAUGGGUGGGAAUGGCAUGCCUCCGGUCUCUGGUGCUGUCCUCACCCAGUAUUCGUCAGAAGAAACUAAUAAACAAGCUGCAAGAGGAAAAGGCUUUUCGAGAAGAGAUGAAAAAUUUCCACGCGAAAAUAGAAGACUUUAGAGAAGAGAUAUCGGAUUUCCGAAGCAAGAUCCGGGCUUUUCGGAGCCAGAUCCUGGAUUUCCAGGAAGAAGAAAGACCUUUCUGGGAAGAAGAGAAGAUGUUCUGGAAAGAAGAAAAAUCCUUCUGGGAAAGGGAAAAAUCUUUCCGGGAAGAAGAAAAGACUUUCUGGAGAAAAUACAGAACCUUCUGGAAAGAGGACAAGGCCUUCUGGAGAGAGGACAAUGCCUUAUGGGAAAGAGACAGGCAUCUCCUUCAGGAGGACAAGGCCCUGUGGGAGGAGGAAAAGGCCUUGUGGAUGGAGGAAAGAGCCCUGCUUGCUGGGGAGAAGGCUCUGUGGGAGGAUAAAAAGUCUCUCUGGGAGGAAGAGAAUGCCCUCUGGGUGGAAGAGAAAGCCCUCUGGGUGGAAGGUGGUGGCUUCCAGAUCCUUGGGGAGCAGAGGCACCAAAAUGGCCCCUACAAUGCCAAUGGAGAGCCACAGUCCACAGCCUUCCCCCGAGGUCGUGCAUAGUGAACACUGUACACACAGGGCCAUGGGGUACAGGCAUCACUGGUUGGGAUCCAAGUCCAGGGUGACCCCGUGUACUAAAGGAAAAGGACACUAACUUGUCUCUUUGCCAUGAAAGAUUAAUAAAGUCCUGAGGAGAGGUUUGAAAAAGCAUCUCUUCCAGGAAGGUUGGCUGCCUCCAUCCUGCCAC